CUCCUCACUCCAGCAACCAACACCAGCACCGACACCACCCCAGCGCGUCCCCCCAAACCCCGACAUCACAACACACGCAGCAUGAAUUCGCCGUUCGAAAACCGGCCGCGAGGCAGCACCACCAAACGCGGCACCCCCAAAAAUACGUCCAGCAAUAAUAUAUUCAGCUCUCCCGUCACCAAGCGCCAACUCUUCCCGAACAACCCACCGAUUCGCCAACCCUUGCAGCCGACCUACGACUUCCUUUCCGGCGAUGCAGGAGGACCCGCGACGCCCUCUCCCCCGCCUUCGGUUACCCCCGUCUCGGCUCAGAGGAAAGUGAGGGUCGACAUUUCGAAUGAGGUCAUACGCGGCGAUCUCAACUCGGUGCGGUACGAGCUACAGAUGUUGAAGGAAGAGCGAUCGCUGGAAAAGAUUAGACACGAGCAGGAGUGCAGGGCUCUUGAGGCUGUCGCGGAGGAACAUGCGAAGCGGGCUGAUACGCUGGAAUCGGACAAACGGUUUUUGUUCGAGAAGCAGAAAGAUCUCGGCGAGAAGCUUCAGGAGAUGCGCGCCGAAGCCGCGGAGGCGAAGCGUGGGCUGGAGCGACAGGUGCGACAACUUCGGGCCGAGAGCGCCGAGCUACGGGAGGCGGUGCGGGACAAAGAGGAGGAUCUCUCGUCGCAGGAACGGCAGUAUAAGCGGCAAAUCGAUGAGUACGAAACGAGAAGCAAUGCACUCAGUCGCGCAAACCAGGAGCUCAAGGAGGAGGUGCACAUCAAGGACCGGACGAUCGAGGAGGUCCAGCGGAAGUUGGAAGGGAAGGAUGGGGAAGCGCAGGAGUUGGAGAUUGAAUUGCUUAGUGCUAAGGCGCAGACUGGGGACCUGGGGACGCUGAAGGUCCUCAAGAAGGAGCUAGCAGAACAGGUUAACCAUAUUAAGACCCUGGAAUCGACUAAUCGAAGGCAACUGUUGGAGUUGAAGUCCCUACGGGAGUCGAGUCGGUCGCUGGAGCUGGUAGAAGAGGAGAAACGGACGCUAGAGGGGAAGUUGAAGAUGUUGAAUGAGAUCCGGGAGGAGCUGUCGGCGGCGCAAGUACGGAUAUCGGUUCUGCAGGACGAACGGAACGCUUGGGAGAGCUACUUCCAGCGCGAAGGACUAGAGUUCGAUUCUCCGGAGAGCCUUGCGAGGGCGUUAAUCGAGGAGAGGGUCGAGAGGAUCGGCCUCACGGAGAAGGCUGGGCGCCUGGAGCCGGAAUUGCUCGAGAAAGAUCAAAUCAUCCAGGAAAUGGAGGGAGAGGUCCGUUUGCUCCGCGAAGAGUUGGAGAAGUUGAAAGAGACGGCAUCAAAGGAUUCCAAGGCACGACAGCGGAUGGAGAGACAGAAAGCGUUGGCGCUCAAGGAGGCGCAGUUUCUGCGGGAACAGCUCAAGUCGUUCUCCACGGAAGAAGCCAUUCACAACCAAGGCAACUUUGACGAGCAGAAAACGGCAAGAAUCCAGGAAUUGGAAACCCUUCUCGAAGCGUACAAGACGGAGAUCGACGAACUGAAGACCGCCGCCAGCGCCGCCGCCGCGUCUAGCACCAGCAACGAAGCUCAAAAUAGCAGAAAGAGGGCCCUCGAGGACACUGCCAGCGACGAACGGCUAGGGGAGCUCAACCGCCGGAACAGGCAAUUGCAGAAUGAUAUCAUGCAAUUACAGCGCAAGGAAACUGUUCUAAACGCCGAGAUUGAGGCGUUGCAUUUCCGCAUUACCUCGAUGGAAGGCACUUCCAUCAGGAUCCUACAGCUAAAGGACAAUCCUACUGCACGAGAGCAAGCAGUCAAGGUCUCCCAGCUCAAAGCCUUGCAGGAGGAGAAUGCCGCUCUACUCGCACAAAUAGAAGGCCGAGGCGAAGAAGUCCGCAUGGUCCCUCGGGCCACCCUCGAGAACGUCCGGGCCGAAAUCAAGGCCAUGGAGAAAGUCGUCGCCGAAAAAGAAAAGCGAAUGAUGCGACUAAAGGAGAUUUGGUCGGCCAAAUCUCUUGAAUUCCGGGAGGCCGUGUUCUCGCUCCUGGGGUGGAAGCUCGAUUUCAUGCAGAACGGACGGGUCCGUGUCACGCAUAUGUUCGGUGACGAAAGUCAGAGCAUCGAGUUUGACGGAGAAAAAGGAACAAUGAAAGUCGCUGGUGGACCAGACAGCAUGUUCCACAAAGAGAUCCGUAACCAGUGCUCCUUUUGGAUGGCGCGACAGAGCAUACCAUGCCUGCUCGCUAGUAUCUUAAUUGAGCAGUAUGAGAAGACCACGAGGGCUCAAUUCAUGUAAAAUGGGAAACCAAUGUCUGUUGAUGUGUACAUGUACCUUUUGCUUCUUACCACUUGUUUGUGUGCCGUUUGAUCGUGGCAUCUAGAGAUAUCUCGUUUGGGAUGGUUAUUGCAUGGGCGUUUCGGGGUUGUUCAAUGGGUCGUCAAUGUACUUCUAUUUUCUACUUUUCGGCUUAGGCAAUAGUUUGCAUUGAUGUUAUUUACUUUCAUCCAAGUAUCGGGAAGCA